UCGAUGUGAUCAGUUAACUGUUAAUCCAUUUGAAAAAAUGUUUAAUUUUACUUAAUUGUUAAUAAUAAAUUCGAUUCACCAUAGAUACAAGUUUCCAUUUGAAUGAAAAUAUUAAGAUAAUCAAAUCAAAUUGAUUAAAGUGAUUUAAAUGUUACCAAGGAAAAAAUUGACAAUCGAUUAUUGAACUGAGAACGAGAAACAUGAGAGAAAAUAAAAUGAACUCAGACUUUCACCGAGAGGAAACACCAGCAUCAGAAGAUUUACUUUCAUGGUGUAAAAAGAUAACCAAUGAAAUUUAUGGAUUAGACGUUAACGAUUUAACAACAUCAUGGAAAAAUGGAAUGGCCUUUUGUGCCCUAAUUCACCAUUUUCGUCCUGACCUGAUUGACUAUUAUAAGCUUAACCCAGAAGAGAGUAAAGUUAAUUUUAAAUGUGCUUUUGAUGCCAUUAGAAAACUGGGAAUUCCAAGUAUCAUGAGCUCAGGUGAUUUGAUGAUUCUCGAUGUUCCCGAUAAAUUAACCGUCAUGACAGUUUUACAUCAAAUUCGUGGUUAUUUUAAUAGAAAAGAAAGGAAAAGUAAAGGUCUUGAAUGGGAUUGUGAUGAUAUGUUUGACGAUUUUGACAGUGAUGAUGAAAAUAAUUCACUAUUUUCAAUUGCAUUAGACCAAAAAUUAGCUGAUUGGCCGAGUAAAAAAGUUGAUAAUCUUGAAUCAAUAAUGUCUUAUGCGAGUCCAUUUCUAUUGGAUACCGAUUAUAAUGUUAAUCCAAAUAAUCAACCGACAAAUUCCAAUUUACGAUCAACUAAAUUAUCGAAAUCAUCAUCAUCAACAUCCAAGCCAACAAUCAAUUCCAAACCAGGUGAACAGUUCAAUGGACUCAAUUUACCUGGUUCAAAUGAAAGAGGAAAAGAAAGUGUACUCUCACAAUCGUUACGGUCGGUAGACUUUAAUUCACAACCAUUAGAAUCAUCAUCAUCAUCUUCAUCAGUAAUAACAACAUGCACCCAAUCAACAAAUACUCAACAAUCAAGUAAAACUGUCCAGAAAGAAAAGAAACCCUUAAUGACCCGUAAACAAUUAAUGGAUCCAUUUGAUUCUGAUAGUGAUGAAGAUAAAACACCAAAAGGAAAAAUUUCUCAAAGGAGGGCAUCAACUUCCCAGGUUCCCACCAAUGGUUCAACCAUCACCGAUAUCUUGGAUCUCGCCACAGCGGAAGAUUCUGACCCGCUCAUAGGAAUGAAUUUAUCCUCACCCACCUCACCCGAUUCUAAUCCGUCCUCAGCAACAACCUCAUCUUCAUCAACGACACCAUCAAUGUCUACUUCAUCUUCAUCAUAUUCAAACAAUCUAACCGAUAACAUAUCAAUUUCCUGUAAUCAACCACCACAAACUCAAACACAACCCCAAUCCAAACCAUUACCACCACAAUCACAACCAAUUAUCAAGCCCACAAUUAUUGAACUUGCUCCCGGUCUAUUGGAUGUCUCACCCAAAAAGGUCUCACCCUUUCAACGUGCUCGAACAGCGCCUGCAUAUCGUUCCCUGCGACUUGACACUAGUCGAAAAAUCACAAGUCCUGAUCGACGAGAUAAACUUCACGAAAAGGCUCGACAGUUAAUCGAGGAAACCAGAAAGAAAAAAAUGACUCUUGAAGUGACACCAACUAAUCUUAAUCCACUUCCAGAAGAUGAUCGUCGGCGACAAUUACGAGAAAAAGCUCGACAAAUGUUAUCCGAUCAAAUUAGUAAAAUGAUUAAGGAAAAAAGUCCAAUUGAACCUCGAAACAUGGAAGCAGCAAUUCGUGAUUUAACUCUACAAGAGUCUAGAAAAAUUUCAAUCCAAUCAACACCUACAAGAAUAUCAACAAUUAAAUCAUUCAACAAUAAUCCAAGUACUACAAAAAGUCCCAAAAAAUCAUACGUCGAUAUGGAACUAAUGAUUUUAGAAAAGGAACAAUCAAAAAUUGACAAAGAAUCAUCAAUAAUCGAGGAGAAAUUACGUCUAAUCAUGAAGAACGGUGCAAACUCUACCAUGGAAGAGGAAAGAUGCAUUCGAAAAUGGUUCAUAUUGGUCAAUAAGAAGAAUGAUAUUCUUCGUCGUCAGAUGAAAUUGAACAUUCUAGAGCAAGAAAAGGAUUUGGAAAGAUGCUACAAGAUCCUAAUAAAAAAGCUUCAACCUUUAAAUUCACUUGAAGAUUGGGAGAAAACUGAUGCUCAACGUGAGACGGAAAAGUUGUUACUCGAUAAGUUACUUCGAAUUGUCGAGAAGCGAAAUGAACUUGUCCAUCAUUUGGAUACCGAAGAGAAAGCGGAAGCUGAGGAUCAAAUGGUAAUGAAGGAAACUCAAGGGCCUCUUAACUUUACCGCUGCGGAAAAGCAAUGUAUCGUUUCUUGAAGACGAAUCAUCAUCAUCAUCAUCAUCUCUUUCUCUUCCUUUUUCAUCAAGAUGAUGAUGAAGAUGAUAAUCUGAAUGGAGACAAAAAAAAAUAAGAAAAUAACAAAAUUAAGAAGCUGAAACGAGGCACACACCCAAUCAAUAACAUCAUCAUCAUUAACAUCAUUAGACUAUCAUUAAUGUGGAUAAUAUUGGUUAAUGGAAGAUUAUUAUCAGGAUGAUGAUUAUUAUCACCAGGAUCGUCUUUAUCUUCAUCAUCUUGAUCAUCAUUUAUCUUCAAGCAAGUAACGAAAUGACCGAGAUGAAGGUGAAAUUUGAUCAAUUUUUUUUUGUUUGCUCAUUUGAAAAAGUUACGAAAACAACAACAACAAACAAUCAAUUAGUUGAAAUGGUCUAGAUAAUCAAUGGAUUUUAGCAUUUGUGAGUUUUUAUCAUGAAUUUCAGGGUAACAUUGAUUGGGAAGAUAAAUGAUGAAUGAUGAUGAUAAAUUCUUGUAAACACAAUUAUCAUGCAUUUGAUUAUUAUUUACACAAUACAAUUGAGUUAAAGGUGAAAACGAUUGUCACCUCAACCUUUUUACACAAUCGACCAUAGAUAUUUGUUUAUUAACUGAAUAUUUGGACGCUAUUAUUGUGAUUAUCGCCAUUGGACUAGCGUGAAAAUUGCUAAAGUAAACAAAAGUUUUUCUUUUCUUUA